UUCUUGUUGAGUGGGAGAUAUUUGAUAAACUUAGUACUGUAAUAACUGAUAAUGUAACAUCUAUAGUGAAAGCAAUUCAACAAUUAGACACUACUCAUCUUGGUUGUACAGCUCACACUAUUCACCUUGCAGUUACAAAUAGUUUGAAAAAAUGUGAAACCUUAAUUGGAAAUGCAAAGUUAUUAAAUAAUUUUUUAGUAAAACGUGAUAAAUACAGGUAG